GUAGACUUCUGCGCAAGCGCAUUCGCUGCGCACGUUAUUUUGGCGUCGUUAGUGGGUUAUAUUCAUGUUUAUAUAGCUUCACCACCCCGUUUACGUGCGCUGUUUGUCAUGUGUGUCUCCUAUUGGACUGAUAGUAGCUGUUUCUAGCUGUUGCUCGAACCAGGAGACAGAAUUCACGAAGAAACAGCUGCAGUUUGAAGAAAGCCACGUUAGCUUCAACCCUCUGUGAGUGGCAGCAUGGCAGCUGUACUGGAGCUGGUUGCAGGCAGCUACGAGCAGGUCGCCUUCGGUUACCGGGUGAAAACCGAUGAGAAAGAGUGGACAGCCAAGGCAAACUUCACACAUCACGCCCACACAGCAUCCAUAUCAGCUGUGGCAGCCAGUGAGAGGUUUGUUGUCACCGGUAGCAAAGAUGAGACCAUACAGCUGUACGACAUGAAGAAGAGGAGUGAACACGGAGCUCUGCUGCAUCAUGACGGCACCAUCACCAGCCUGGAGUUUUACGGGUCGUCUCAUUUACUGAGCGGAGGAGACGAUGGACUGUUAUGUGUGUGGAGCACGAAGAAGUGGGAGUGUCUGAAAUCCAUCAGAGCUCACAAAACUCAAUCCUGGCCGUUGCAGGAGACGAUGAAAUCGUGAGGUUAUGUGACACGGGAAAAGAGAAAUGGGUGUGUGAGUUUAAGGCUCAUGAAACCAGAGUAAAAGCAGUUGACAGUUUCGUUAUGGAGGAUUUCUGCGUGAUGGUGACGGCUUCAAACGACGGAUUCAUCAAAAUGUGGAAGCUUCAUCUAAAAGAGGAGCUAGAAUCUCCCACUCUCCUCGGGGAAGUGAACACAUCGGCCAGACUGACUUGCCUCGCAGUGUGGAAACCUUCGUCCAUGCCGCAGAUCACUGAGGAACCCGCAGCUGAGGCAACAACAUCUGAAGAACUCGCUCGGGAGCUUUUAAAGACGAAGAGAGUGCGAAUUGCAACGGAAGAAGUCAUCCUCGAAGAUGAGAGCAAACCCAAAAAGAAGAAAAAGGCUGGUGGAAAAUCAAGCGAGAAAUAAUAAACACGUUUUAUUAUUGGUGGACUGUUUUAUAUCUGGACUUGUUUGUUCACAUGUGCAUUUUGCAGGUGAUAAACUGCAGCUUUUAAGGAUAGAUUUUAUGAAUAUAGUUGCUGUCAACGCUGAAAAGAAGAAAAGACAAAUGGAAAAUGAGAUGGGCGACAAUAAAAAUGUUUUAUAAUCCAUUUAUAUCUGAUGUUAUAUUGUCAAGCGUGUAUUUACUCACGGUUACCACAGGGAGGUGAUAAAGCAUGGCUGCUGAUUGUAUUUUUUUAAGGAUGUAUUUGGUCUCUUUGUGGAAAGAUAUUUAUGAGGCGUCACUUUCUUCCUUUGACAAUGUUGGAAACAGACAAGAUCUCAUUAACUAAAAUAAUAUUUACCACUCAAAAA